AUGCCUUUCGGUUUGACUAACGCGCCGGCAGCCUUCAUGAGAUUGAUGAACGACGUGUUCAGGGAGUAUUUGGACGUGUUGUCAUCAUUUUCAUUGAUGAUAUUCUGCGAGAGAUGGGAUUUCUUGGCCACAUUGUUUCUGCAGAGGGAGUUUCUGUGGAUCCGGCUAAGAUUGAGGCUAUCAGAGAUUGGCCUAGACCUAGUAGUGCCACGAGAUCAGAGUUUUCUGGGUUUGGCAGGAUACUACAGGAGGUUCGUCAAGGGGUUUGCUACCAUGGCGCAGCCGAUGACGAAGUUGACCGGGAAGGAUGUCCCGUUUGUUUGGUCAGCUGAGUGUGAGGAGAGCUUUAGUCAGCUCAAGGAGAUGUUGACUACUACACCAGUGUUGGCGUUACCCGAGCCAGGGAAGCCUUACAUGGUGUAUACAGAUGCUUCAGGCAUUGGUCUUGGUUGUGUGCUGAUGCAGGAGGGCAGAGUGAUAGCAUAUGCUUCGAGACAGUGGCAGGGCAGUGAGCGUAACCGUCCUACACAUGACUUAGAGUUGGGAGCAGUGAUCUUCGCGCUGAAGAUUUGGAGGUCUUACUUGCUGGGUGAGACAGUACAGGUCUUCACAGAUCACAAGAGUUUGCAGCAUAUCUUCACUCAGCCGAUGAUGAACGCGAGACAGACGCGCUGGGUUGAGUUCUUGGCGGACUAUCAGGUGAACAUUAACUACCAUCCGGGCAAGGCUAACCUAGUGGCGGACGCGUUGAGUAGACGGAGGUAUGAUUCCGCAGAGCCUUUGGGUUUAGAGGCAGUGGAUCAGGCGGAUCUACUUAGCAGGAUCAGAGUUGCUCAGCAGAGUGAUCAGAGUUUGCUGGAUGCGACGAGAGUGACUGGUUCUGAGUAUGAGGUCUCUGCGAAUGGGACUAUCUUGGUUCGUGGGCGAGUUUGUGUGCCUAAGGAUGUGGAGUUGAGACAGGAGAUUGAGAGGCUCAUGCGAGCAAGUUUUCCAUUCAUCAGGCAGAGCAUCAGGUUCCGGGUGGUCUUUUGCAGAGUUUACCCAUUCCAGAGUGGAAGUGGGACAGGAUUACGAUGGAUUUCGUGGUUGGACUACCUGUUCGAGGACUUUCGAUGCUAUUGGGUGAUUGUGGAUCGGUUGACGAAGUCCGCACAUUUCUUGGCCAUCAAGAAGACAGAUGGAUUUGCUGUUUUGGCUGGGAAGUUUGUGCGAGAGAUUGUGAGGCUGCAUGGAGUGCCAGCUAGUAUUGUGUCAGACCGUGAUCCCAGAUUCACUUCAGAGUUUUGGAGAGCUUUUCAGGCAGAGAUGGGCACUAAGGUGCAUUUGAGUGCAGCUUAUCAUCCGCAGACAGAUGAUCACCUGAGCUUAGUUGAGUUUGCAUACAACAACAGCUUUCAGGCGAGUAUUGGCAUGGCUCCAUUUGAGGCUUUGUAUGGGAGGCCAUGUAGGACACCCCUAUGCUGGACCCAAGUGGGGGAGCGCAGCAUGUAUGGAGCUAUGAUGAUAGGUUUUGUGUGUGGAUGUGAAAUGAUAUGUAAUGAGAUGUGGUGGAAUGCAACAGUGGUAUAUGAUGAGGUGCUCGAUCGAGUUGAAGCUUGGCCGGUCGAGUUGAGGAACUCGACCGGUUGGUCGAGUAGUUGGUCGAGCUGGUCUUCAAGAUGGCUUCCUCCUUCUUCCUUUGCGUAUCCAGUUGAGCUGCGUCCAUGCGCCAAGUCCCUCCAUGCUCCUCACGUCCCAUAUGCUCCAGAAUGCUCCAAAAGACCUAUUUCAAAGGACCAAACAUGCAUAUUACAUCAAGCUACUUAUGUUCAGGAGACUACAGAGAAGGUCCGCGUAGUGAGGGUGAACAUGAAGGAGGCUCAAGAUAGGCAGAAGAGUUAUGCAAAUAGACGCAGACGAGAGCUUAAGUUUCAGGUGGGAGAUAGAGUUUAUCUCAAGAUGGCUAUGUUGAAAGGUCCAAACAGAUCCAUAGCAAAGAACAAGUUGAGUCUGCGUUUUAUGGGGCCGUUUCCAGUAGUGGAGCGAGUUGGGCCAUUGGCUUAG